AUGCUAGCUCCAAAGGAGGGUCUUCCAUAUGGAGAUGGAGCUUCAAAAAUAUUUGGCAUGGAGAAUUUCGGCAACACCUGUUACUGCAACUCGAUUCUUCAAUGCCUCUAUUACACUGAAAAGUUUCGGAAACAUUUGCUCUUGCACAAUCAAACCAAGCAUGAACCAAAACUAGCUGUAUCUGGCGUCAAGCCGCAUGGGUUUUCGCUGAAAUAUGAGCAAUUGAUGCAGAAGAAAUUGAAAGAGCAAAGCAACCCGCCCAUCCUGAAUACUGAGGAGAGACCGAAACUGAGCAGGAAAGGUUCGCUCUUUGGUAUCAAGUUCAACAGUUCUCCCAAUACUCCCGCGGCAGCGGUAGAAGAGACAAACACUUUUAUCGUUAAAGCAGGCGCUUGUGCGGCCUUGCCUUUGGAACAACGAAUAUUGAUUGGUGAAAGUGCCGAGUUUCUGAAUCUAUACGUGAUGAUCACAAGACCCAUUGUUGCUCAAACAACUAGGCAAUCCAACACUUCAAUCAGCAGCGACACCAACGAUACAUCCUCCAGUGCCAGUGCCUCGGCGAAUAACAGCGGCAACAACAAUCCAACGGCACCGAACAUGGACUAUUGGCAGAGCUCUUCGAUGCUAUUGAGCGAACAACCGUCGCAGUCGACUCAGGAAGGGACCAUCAACCCUAAAUCUAGUGCUAUUAUUGUGGGUAUACCGAAACCAGAGACGUACCUCAACCAACCCAUUAAUCCAUUCAAUGCCAAUCCAAAUGCAGACCAGCGGAAACGGUCGGCGUUGAUCAAUGGGCCCAUCAUUAACCUUGACACAUCACUACAAUUACCUAGCGAACAGCUGGACGAUACAGCUUUGCUUUAUGCGUUGAAAGACUUGUUUGAAAGCAUGGUGGAAAACCAGUCGACCAUUGGAGUCGUGUCGCCAAACUACUUUAUAACAAAGUUAAAAGACAAAAACUACUUGUUCAGACAAAACAACAUGCACCACGACGCUCAUGAAUUUUUCAAUUACUUGAUUAAUGAGAUUAUAGAGAGUGUAAAUAAAGAAUCCCAAUCGAGCUCCAAUUGGUGCAACGACAUUUUCCAAGGUUUGAUCACCAAUGAAACCAAGUGUCUAUCUUGUGAAACUGUUACCUCGAGACAGGAAAAUUUCUUGGACUUGUCAAUUGAUAUCCCACCAGGUGAAAGCGCUUAUUCGUUAAACUAUUCCAUAAACAACUUUUCCAAAUCGGAGACCUUGCGAAACCAAAACAAGUUCCACUGCAAUACGUGUUCCUCGCUUCAAGAGGCGGUAAAGACGAUCAAGAUCAAAAAACUGCCGCAGGUGCUCGUGAUCAAUUUGAAGCGGUUCAAGUACGACGAGAAAAUCGACAAGUUGGUCAAACUAUUUGACUCCAUUAGCUACCCGUUCAAACUCAGACUAUUCAACACCACCGAUGACUGCCAUGACAAUAUUCUUUACGAGCUUUAUGCGUUGGUGAUCCACAUUGGAGGCGGACCAAUGCACGGUCACUAUGUCUCCAUCUGCAAAAUCAAAGCCGGACUUUGGUUACUCUUUGACGAUGAAACUGUCGAGUUGGUAGAGGACAACUACGUCAUGAGAUUUUUCGGAAAUGGUCCCGGAUUGGCCAGUGCAUAUAUCCUCUUUUACCAAAAAAUCGAGUUUGACGAGCGAGCCGAGUAUUUUGGAUUUGACCCUUCCACUAUGUUUAAUGGGGAAAACUUCGAGUUCCCCGCCAACAACAAUGCCGCAAGCACCCCCUCCGAGGAAGAAAACUUGAAAACAAACCCAUUUACAGUGGGCGAUGUUGAAACCAAAUCCGACAUAUCGUCAAUCAAUUCCUUCACCGCGGCAGAGCCAAAGAAACCGCCCAUGUCCUCGGGAGGCAUGUUUAGGAGCUUUAAAUUAGAAAAGGAGGAUAAAAGUUCUCAAAAUGUCUCGAGAACCAGUAGCGAUGGAAGCUCAACUAUAAAUCAAGAAGCCGUCAAUACUUUUAAGGAACCAAAGGAGAAAAAAUCGUGGAUCGGCAAUUUGAAACGGACUAAUUUGGAGAGAAAAUUGUCAAGUCGAGGCCCGGUUACUAUAAUUGAAUCUGUUGAAGAUGAAAGUGAGCCCAACCAGAAACAGAAACAGAAUCAGAAACAGAAUCAGAAUCAGCCCUUGCCUCCACCACCAUUGGAAAAAAGGCGGAGCUUGUUCGGGUUCAAGAAGAAGAAUUGA